AUGCAGUAAUUAAACAAAUGCUGGACACGGGAUAUUAUAUUUAUGAUGUCUUGUCAAACACGAUUCGCUUCCUAACAAGAUUAAUUGUAGCUAUUUUUGGGUGAAUCGGCGGAAUUAAUGAGGAUGUGAAACCUGCUGAGCUGAAAGGUUUUUUAAUUUAAAGCAAACAAAAAAAGACUUCCAUCAUGUCCAGCCUGGUCCAGACCACCUCUGAUGGUCUCUGUAAACUGGUCCGAUGGGCUCACAGCCACGGCACCAUCUGCAGCCUCCUCCCCGGCCUGCAGCGCAUCACCUGUGGUUCCUAUGGCAACGUGCUCACACCAGGUUCCCAUGGCGGCGGCGUCACCGUCGCUGUGUGGGGCUGUAGCGCUGGCCACGCCUACCACUGGCCCCUCAGUGACCAGGAGACGUUUGUUGGAGGACGUUCGUCCGGUAAGGUGGCGAUGAGAACAUCACGUGACAUCUCCAGCAGCGAAGCAGCAUCAGAGGGGGAGGAGUUCAGCAUCUGGCUGUUGGACAUCGCUGCAUGUGAUUCGUCAGCUACAGAUGAAGAUGGUGACUAUGAGCCACGCCCAUCCAGGAAAAGAGGCGGGGCACCAGGAGGAGGCGCCACGGGAAAGAAAAUCAAGCUGGAAGCAGCAUCGGCAGAACAUCACGAGACUCUGGAUAAUGUGGCUAGCAUGGGGCUAGCAGAGACAGGCGCUAUUAAUCUGUCAAUAGGACGUCCAACACCAAACACACUCUCAUCCUGCCUUCACUCCCAACAUGGACAACAUCUGGGCUGUAAGAGAUCAGAGGUGGAGGUGGAGGUGAUGGGUGGAGGCAGCUGCACCACAGGGACCAUAGACCAGGCUGAGGGACGCAGCUCCACCACGGAGAAGACAGCAGCUGAACUGGGCCACAUCGAGCUGGAGAAGCUCCGAGUUCUACUUUUUGCAGAACGCAGCAGAAACCAGCAGAUGAUGGAGAUGAUCUCCAGCCUAAAGCAGGAGAAACAGCUGCUGCAGAACGAACUGACCAAAAAAGCUCAACUCAUCUGUGACUUCCUGCAGGACAAACUGCGACCAGAGAAGCGUUGGCCUCGUUGCUCCAAUCAAAUGGAACCAGGAAGUUCACACAAGACUUCCUCUGAAGACGUCGCUGGCUUCGAUUCGCCGCCUCUCUUCGACUCGUUCGAGGAGAUGGAGCUCCGUCCUCUGGAGCAUCACCUGAAGACCAAGAGGAGCCGGGACGGAGAAAACCCUCGAGUCAGGAUGAAGAACGUGGUGGGUGUGAUUGCUCGCUACAUGGCCGCCCUGCAGGAGUUUAGCCGCAGCGUCUCCAUGAAGGUGGCCUUCGACCGGGUCGGCGUCGACCGGAACACCAUCUCCCGUACGGCAGCCAUCGCUGAGCUCAGCCUGGCGGCUCCGGAGGUCUUUCAUUCUCUGGAACCGUGGGACGAGAAGGAGGAGACGCUGGCUCAUUACGCCCAUCACUGCCGGCAGGCGAUGGACGACGACAUCAAGGCCAAGAUCAAAAUGAUGAAGGCGAAAGGAGAACUGCUGCCUAUCGUGUCAAAGUGACGGUUAUUAUAUUGGACCGACUGAAGCAGAGACUUUCUCCUGUGAAAGAAAACAUCCAAACACAAACCAUCAUGUCAAAGAAAAGCCUGAAGCCACGUGUCACCUAGAUGAGUUUUUCCCGCAUGUAAACGGAGUGGGCGUGUCCUUGAGGCCAGUAGGUGAUCAACUCCUGCUUCCUUCUUCUCCAACUAUCCUGCCCCUGAUUGGACAAACGCAUCGACUUGGGAGAUGUCUGCUCCUGGAUUUCAAGCCGGACCAACAUGGCAGCACUUUCUCUUCUAUUACGAAAACAGUUCAGCGUGAGGUGAGAAAUAAUCUGUGCAGCAGCUGAAUCUGUCUUCGUUUUAGUUCACCGACGGCUAGUUUAGAUGUUUGAGGAAAGUUUCGUGAUGCGUCGGACCUCUGCACGCCACAUCAGAUUUGCAUAAAGUAGACGUCAAGUCUACUUUAUGCAAAUGAGCUGCGGGGAAACGCACCAGAUUGCAGGAAACAGCCGGAUCUAGUGGACAUGUACCUUUAGAUUUCUACAGUCAUGUAUUUCUGAUGUAUUCUGGCCGCAUAUCUGCUACCAUGUGUGUAGAAAUAGCUCCGUUUGCCUCACAGCUAAUCGAUUUCCUCUUGUGUGAUUGUGAAACAUCCGUGUGAAAGUGAGACUCUUGGAGGAACAGUCUCCUGUUUGUUCGUCCUCUGGGACUGUCACCAGAAACACUGCAGCUCAGAAUCCAGUACAGUCCUGUUCCAACAGUCUGUGACGAUCUCUGAAAACCUGCCAUCCCAGUAGAGAGUCUGAUCAGUAUACAGUCUUUAUUCUGUGCUGCUGAUCACUGUUUUACAAUAAACCAUGAAAAACAAGGUGGACAGUGAAGGUAAAUAAGUCUUAUAUUGACUCAAAAAGGAAAAAAAUGAACCACCAGUGUGUAGCAUUCUUCUAUGACAUCUUUACCUAAAUGAUGGGAUGUUUUUUCCUUUUAAAAUGACCUCUUUUACCCCCUAGAGCCCUCCUGUUAUCUUUAGUUUACAUUCACAUUCUUCUGUGGGUCC